AUGGCUCCCAAAAAGAGAGAUGAUAACUGGGUUGAUGUAAGUGCAUCCUGCCCGCAGAGCGUUAUGCCUACUUUCACUGACACAUAUAUUCAGGGUCUUCGAGGUGUCGCUUCGUUCAUCGUCGUUACAGGCCAUUUAUGCACCGCCUUCGUUCCAUGGCUCCAUGACCCUGCGUUGUCAGACGGUGGCCCGUCAAGUAUUUUCCAGCUCCCGAUUCUUAGAUUAUGCGUUGGUGGCAGAGGCUCCGUUGCGAUUUUUUUCAUUAUCACUGGCUUUGUCAAUUCGAUCAACCCCGUCAAAAAUGCCCGUGCCGAUAAUACCUAUGUCGGACUCACAAACCUCGCCAGAAGCACUUUUACACGUUCCGGUCGCCUGAUGGUCCCUACGACUAUUGCUACGAUUAUUGCGUGGGCACUGUGCCAUAUGGGAGCAUUCAGUAUGGCUCAGAGAGCUGAUGCAAGUUGGAUUCGUGCUACAAGUCCUCCUCCUGGCACAACCUUCGGCGAAGCAGUUAGCAACCUGAUCUGGAACCUAGUAUAUUUCUGGCAUACGGGCGCCUCGGUAUAUGACGGAACACACUGGACACUUAAAUUUUUCCUCAGCGCCUCAUUCAGGACUUAUCUUACACUGUUGGCUCUUACCUUGGUUAAGCGGCGCUACUGGUAUGCUGUAACAGGACUCUUGUGGGCUUAUGCCUGGCUUGUUAAUGACCAUCUUGUUGGUAUCAACAUCUUUCCUGGUAUGAUCUUGGCUCAACUUCAGGUCGACUACGGCUCCCGCGCUACUCAAAUGCUCCCGAAAGUCGUCCCUAGCAUACUUAUUUUCUUUGGUCUCAUUAUCUGGGGAUUCCCUCAAAAUAACCCAACCUGGGCGUGGUGGUCUGCCGCUAUCCGCUCCUUCAUUGUCGCUAUCACUCCUGCAAAUGCAGAUCACAGCCGCUAUGCCUCAUCUCUUGGAACCUGCACCCUGAUGUUGGGCAUAUUCUUCUCAAGGAACGCUCGACGCUUUCUCACCCUGCCACUUUUCAACUUCCUCGGGCGUGUCUCUUUCCCUGUCUACUUGCUCCAUAACAUUCUGAUUAGAACCAUCUUAUCCUGGAUGGUGUAUGGUGAAAGUGCUACACGAAUUCCAGUGAGGAAUGAGAAGGGUGAACUCCUUCAGCUCGGAAGAGCCAGCCCUAUGGCCUUCAUCUUUAUUCUGCCAAUCUUUUACGCUGUUCUUUACCUCGUUGCCCAUAUGUGGGCUACCUACGUCGAACCCCAAUGCGGCAAGGCGGUGGAUUGGCUGAAAGACAUAAUGUUUAAGGAGCGACCAGAUUCGCAAGAAAAGCUUCUCCCACUACCCAACGGAGGUUCUGCGAGCUGA